UCGCGGUUUCCGGAAGUAGCUAUUUUAAAAGUCCAUGUGGAUGGUUCCCGGAGUUUGGGUGUGAAAUAUUAUUUGUUAAAUUUUAAAAAAUGGGUAAAAAGGGCAAGAAAGACAAGAAGGUAAAGGGGGCAGAAAAGAUGGCAGCCAAAAUGGAGAAAAAGGUCUCAAAGAGAUCAAAAAAAGAAGAGGAGGAUCUCGAGGCUCUCAUCGCUGAGUUUCAGUUACUGGAUGCGAAGAAAACGCAGGUUUUGGAGAGCGCGUGUCCUCCGCCGUCUCCCAGGCUGAACGCGUCUCUGAGCGCGCAUCCUGAAAAGGACGAGCUGAUUCUGUUUGGUGGAGAAUAUUUCAACGGGCAAAAGACCUACCUGUACAACGACCUUUUCUUCUACAACAUUAAGAAGAACUCGUGGGUGAAAGCCGACGUCCCGAACCCUCCCCCACGCCGCUGCGCUCAUCAGGCAGUGGUGGUGCCCCAGGCGGGGGGUCAGUUGUGGCUGUUUGGAGGUGAGUUUGCAUCCCCUAAUGGAGAGCAGUUCUAUCACUACAAAGACCUGUGGGUUCUUCACCUCAGCACACACACCUGGGAACAGAUCAAGGCUCCUGGCGCCCCCUCUGGCAGAAGCGGGCAUCGCAUGGUGUUGUGUAAAAGGCAGCUGCUUGUGUUUGGAGGAUUCCACGAAAGUGUGAGGGAUUAUAUCUACUAUAACGAUGUUCACUCGUUUAACCUGGACACCUUCACCUGGUCCCGACUGACCCUGUCUGGCUCCGCCCCCUCACCACGCUCCGCCUGCCAGAUGACGGUCACGCCCGACGCCACCGGGAUCAUCAUCUAUGGAGGCUACUGCAAAUCCAGAGCCAAGAAGGACGUGGAUAAAGGGACCAUUCACUCAGACAUGUUUCUGAUGAAGAAAGAGGGCAAAGAAGAGCAAGAGAAGUGGGCGUGGACUCGCGUGAACCCGUCAGGUGUGAAGCCUCCUCCUCGCUCGGGUUUCUCUCUGGCCGUGGGGCCGGCGGGACGAGCGAUCCUCUUCGGAGGAGUGUGUGACGAGGAAGAUGAGGAGACGCUGGAGGGAGAUUUCUUUAACGAUCUUUACCUGUACGACAUCAGCAAGAACCGCUGGUUCCCAGGACAGCUCAAGGGGAACAGGUCGGAGAAGAAAAAGCGCCGGCGAGGGAAGAAAGCGGGAGAAGAUGGAGGACAGGAGAAUGAAACGAAGCAGGGGAGCAAUGACGCAGAGGAACAACCGACCGAAAUCGUGAAGGAGGUCGUCACCGAGGAUGGAACGGUGAUCACCAUAAAGCAGGCAAUUUCCACAGCGCAGGAGAGCGAGGAAGACGACGACGACGAAGAGGAGGAUGAGCAGGGAGGAGGUGCAGCCGCUCCUGCAGUGGAGCCGUGCCCGAGGUCAAGCGCCAUGGCGGCGGUAAAACACGGGAAGCUGUAUUUAUACGGAGGCAUGUUCGAGGUGGGAGAUCGCCAGUUCACUCUGAACGACCUGUACUGCCUCGACCUGCACAAGAUGGAGCAGUGGGAGGUGCUGGUGGAGAUGGACCCCAAAACUCAAGAGUGGUUAGAAGAGUCGGAGUCAGAAGACGAGGAGGAGGAAGAGGAGGGUAAAGUGGGUGAGGACGAGGAUGAAGAGUCUGAGGAGGAGAGUGAUGAUGAUGAAGGUGAGGAUGAACAUCCCCCGGUAAAGCCCAACGAGAGCGUGAGCGAGUAUCAGAGCCGGACCGAGGCGUACUGGCAGCGACUGGCUCGCACCAACAUGGGCCCUGACGCCAAGGACAAGAAAGUCAACAAAGUGGGACUCGCCAUGGCCAAAGUGUUCUUUGACGAUCAGGCAUAACGGAGAGUGUUUAUAGUGUGUGUGUGUGUGUGUGUGUGUGUGUGUACAGUUAUAAAUGUGUGAUUGAGUUUCAACAACAGUUUUUUUUUUUUUUUAUUCUCUUUGACAUGCAUGAGGAUUUCUGCUCAAUAAAACAUCUUUAUUCUC